CGCGAACGAGAUUCACACGUGUUUCAAACAUGUCUGCCUCCCGUGUUGUUGUGUGUUGAGUUCAGUCGAAGUCGUUUAAACACUUGCAUGUGUGUUUGUGUUUGUGUUUAAUUUUAUCACCACUAAUUUAAGCGUAUUGUUCACGGUUACAAGAGUCAGAGGCAGUGAAACAUGGGUCAGAGGAAGAAGAAACUGACGAAGAAAAAGAGGCACACGGCCAGCAGAGACCCGGAGGUGGACUCAGAUGCUGGAGACUUCGAACUUGCUGCCGAAAUUAAGGACGAUGAUAAUAUUGGCAGGAAGCUACCUCGCUUCCCUGCCUCGUCAGACUGCCUGUCAGAUGUGGAGCCGGACACCAGGGAGCUGGUCAGGGCCCAGAACAAGAAGAAGAAGAAGUCUGGAGGUUUCCAGUCCAUGGGUCUCAGUUACCCAGUUUUUAAAGGGGUCAUGAAGAAGGGUUACAAAGUCCCCACUCCAAUCCAGAGGAAGACUAUCCCGGUGAUUCUGGAUGGUAAGGAUGUAGUUGCCAUGGCGAGGACUGGGAGCGGUAAGACGGCCGCCUUCCUGGUGCCCAUGUUUGAGAAGCUGAAGGCUCCGCAGGCCCAAACAGGAGCCCGGGCCCUCAUCCUGUCCCCCACCAGAGAGCUGGCCUUGCAGACUAUGAAGUUCACGAAAGAGUUGGGGAAGUUCACUGGCCUGAAGACUGCCUUGAUCCUCGGUGGAGACAGAAUGGAUGAUCAGUUUGCUGCGCUUCAUGAAAAUCCUGACAUAAUCAUCGGUACCCCUGGUCGUCUCAUGCACGUUAUCAAGGACAUGAACCUGAAGCUGCAGAGUGUAGAAUAUGUGGUGUUUGACGAGGCCGACAGGUUGUUUGAAAUGGGUUUCGCUGAGCAGCUUCAGGAGAUCAUCCGGAGGCUUCCAGACACCAGGCAGACUCUGCUGUUCUCUGCCACUCUGCCCAAGCUACUGGUGGAGUUUGCCAGAGCUGGGCUGACAGAGCCGGUGCUGAUUCGUUUGGAUGUGGAUUCUAAGAUCAGCGACCAGAUCAAGCUGUCGUUCUUCCAUCUGCGUCCGGACGACAAACCGGCGCUGCUGCUCCACCUGCUGAGGAACGUGGUGAAGCCUCAGGAGCAGACAGUGGUCUUUGCUGCCACCAAACACCAUGUAGAGUACCUCAAAGAGCUACUGCAAUCAGAAGACGUGGAGUGUGCCUACAUUUACAGUGCCCUGGACCAGACUGCCAGGAAGAUCAACAUUGGGAAGUUUGUGCACAGGAAGGCCAUGGUGCUGAUUGUGACAGAUGUUGCGGCUCGUGGUAUUGACAUCCCAAUGCUAGACAAUGUCAUUAACUACAACUUCCCCUCCAAGGCCAAGCUCUUCUUGCACAGAGUUGGUCGUGUGGGACGUGCGGGGCGCAGCGGUACAGCCUACAGUAUGGUGUGUCCAGAUGAAGUACCUUUUGUCUAUGACCUCCACCUCUUCCUCGGCAGGCCCAUUCAGUUGGCCACACCUGAACACACAGCAGAUUUAGAUGGCGUGUUUGGUCGGGUCCCCCAAAGCAUCCUGGAUGAUGAAAGUUCCCAGUUGAUAACAGCUCACGACAGCUCCUUGGAUCUGCAGAACCUGCAUCGUGUCUCAGAGAAUGCCUACAAGCAGUACAUCAAAUCCCGUCCAAACCCCUCAACUGAGUCCAUCAGACGAGCCAAAAACACAGAUCUGUCCAACAUGGCUGUUCAUCCUUUUCUAGCUUCAGGCUUGGAGAAAAUGGAGCUGGAGCGCCUCCAAAUAGUUGAUGCCAUCAAAGGCUACAAAUCCAAAUCAACUAUUUUUGAGAUAAACUCCAACAAUAAGACAACAGCCAGUGAGGUGAUGCGGGCCAAGCGUUCCAAGGACACACGACUGGUGGACAAGUUCAGCAAAAAGAAGGACGACCUGGUUGCAGAGAACAGGCAGCAGCAGACCUUCAGCCUUCCCAAACACACUUCCAUUCACUCAUCAGACGAGGAGGAGGAGGAGGAUCUGACGGGGGUAUUCUCAGAGGUGGUCGGUGGAAAGAGGAGAGGGCCACAAGAGGAUGGUGAGGAAAAAAGGCCAAAGAGCAAAAAGAGCAGACAAAUGGGCAAAGAUGAGGAAUAUUAUAUUCCCUACAGACCCAAAGACUUCAACUCUGAGAGAGGGCUGAGCCUGGGAGGAGAGGGCACCGCUUUUGAACAGCAAGCCUCUGCCGCUGUCCUCGACCUCAUGGGAGACGAGGGAGACCGAUUGAACCAGCACAAAAAAAUGCUGAAAUGGGACCGCAAGAGGAAGCGUUUCGUCAAAGACACUGGAAAGGAAGAGCCGAACAAGAAGAUAAAAACAGAGAGUGGCCAGGUGGUCAGCAGCAAGAAUAAGAGGAACUUUUAUGAGGAGUGGAAGAAAAAGUACAAGGUGGAUGAUGGAGGGUCAGACUCAGAUGGAGGAACAGGAGGAAGAGGUCGUGGUCGAGGUCGGCGAGGUCCUCACUUCAAGGGCCCUGCGGGAUCACAGUGGACGCCCGGCGGUAAGAGAGUGCGCUCAGAGCUGAAGUCAAACGAGCAGAUCCUGAAGCAGCGCAAGAAACAACAGAAGCAGCAGUUCUUGCAGAGUGGAGGCCUGCAGAAGCUCCGUGGCAAGAACAGACAGCGGCUCACUGAGAUGAAGAGGUCUGGUUUUGGACGGGGUGCCAACAAGAAGGGCAAAAUGAAGAAGAGACUGUGAGGAUGACAGUGAGAGAAGAGUGUGGUGGAGAGAAGUGUGCAGAGUGAUAUCAGCUGGAGAGGCUGGGCACCAUGAGAGACUGAGGGAUAAAGAACAUUUUGCUCUCAGUCCACCAUUUUGAUGAUGCUUCUAACUUGUAGUUUCAGUCAUAUUCUUUCCCACAAUCAUGGAUGGAAAGAGGAGUUGAGCUGAGGAUUACUGAGAUACACCUGGACUGUUUAUAUCUCAGAGUGCCUGCUGAACUCUAUAUUUGACAUGGAGCAUUGAAUUAAAAUAAAUUUGUAUCUAUACACAUGCUGAGUGAUUGCCAAUACAGAUUGUAAAACAA